AAAAUGCUGUCAGUAUAUGCUGUGAGAAAAACAAUAACACAAUUGCAUUAAUUUACAAAAUUUUCCAAAUUCCUCAUUUUAAGCGAUGGAAAGUUGUGAAGUCACAAGUUUAAAACCUAAAUCUCGUCCUAAAUCACCCACGGCAAAAUUAACGAGGAAGAAUCUUCCAAAAAGAGCGCAGAAUUACAGUAAAGAACAACUCCUGCAAGCACUUAAGAAGAAAAAAGACUGCACAGCUAAAGCUCAGAGUAUUGUAGAACGGUGUCUGGAGAAAGAAGUGGAAGAAAAUACUUUUUUAGCAUCCCUUCAGGACAUCAAUCAGUGCCACUAUCAGGAUAUCGUUGAAGAAAGGGCAAUUAUCAGUUUAUGUGGCUACCCUCUGUGCUCUCAGGAGCUAAAGGACGUGCCUAAGCAACAGUUUCACAUAUCCAUGCACUCGAACAAGGUUUACGAUAUCACGGAAAGGAAGAAUUUCUGCAGCAAUCAGUGCUUCAGGGCAUCCAAUUACCUUAAACUCCAGCUUUUGACCAGUCCACUCUGGCUGAGAGACGUUGAAGAUAUUCCAGAGUUUAAACUCCUCAAGAUUGAGUAAUAAUAAAUACAAAUA